UUUCAAGCAGUUGUCGGCGUUUGGACGUGUUUGUGUCGGUUUUUGCCGCCCAAAGUGCAAAGCGCUUAACAGAAGGCACACCAUCAGCAAGCAGCAAGCAGCAGGAUGCACAAUAGCGGCAGGAAGCGGCCUGUGGCGGCAUUCGACAGGCGGCCGACCACCAGCACCAGCACCAGCAGACAUAGUAGCAUGAGCAGCAACCAAACCAGCAAUAGCAACAUUGGCGCCGCAGCGCCAAGGAUCGACAAGUUUGUCUCCACCAGCGCUCGCCACACAUCAUCAUCAUCAUCGUCAUCAUCAUCAGCAGCAGCAUCAUCAUCCAGCUCAUCGACGGCAAAGCAACAGAGGCAGCGCACGCUGCCGUUUGCACCAAACACAUCCUCCAACAGCCAUCGUGGCAGAUCCGCCAUGCCACCCUCGAGGAAACCAUUCAAGUCUUCGUCUUCGUCUUCGUCAUCGUCUUCGUCAUCGUCAUCAGCUGCGUCGCGUGGGACGGGUGGCGUGCGCGCGUUUGGCCAAAUCAAGGUGGUGGUGUCGCUGCUCAAGUCGUGCCGAGAAAUACUCGUUGUCGUGCAGCCCUUCAGCACGGAAGUGAACGCCGUGGUGCGGGGCCUUGGCGGCACAUAUGAUCGGGAUCGCACCCCCGUCUCGGGCUGGGUCCUGCCGCUGCGCAUGUACAAGACGCUGCUGACGAAGCUGCACGAGCUCACCGCCGUUGAGACGCGCAUCACGGGCCUGCCGAAAUGGGUGCUGGCAGCCAUGCACUCGUCCACGUGGAACACGCUCGAACUGCUGCACUCCACCGUGACUCCGGAGCAGGCGUACGAGGCCCUGCAGGGCCGCGUGCCGCUGGAGCUGCUGCAGAAGCUGCUGCCGUACCAGCUGACGGGCGUGCUGUGUGCGGUGCGGCGCUCCGGGCGCAUCCUGUGGUGCGAUGAAAUGGGGCUGGGCAAGACCGUGCAGGCGCUGGUCACGGCUCUGCACUACCGCAGCGAGUGGCCCCUGCUCAUCGUGUGCCCGAGCAGCCUGAAGCUGACGUGGGCGAACGAGAUCCACCGCUGGCUUGGCCUGGGCGAGGACGCGGUGCAAGUUGUGCAGAAUGGGCGCGAGAAGCUCACGCACGCCGUGUGCAUCCUCAGCUACGACCUGGCGCGCGGGCUGCGCACGCAGGUGCAGCAGCGCAAGUUCCGCGUCGUCAUCGCCGACGAGGCCCACUACAUCAAGAACAGGCAGGCGGCCCGCACAAAGGCGCUCGUGCCCGUGGUGCAGGACGCCAAGCGCGCCCUCCUGCUCUCCGGCACCCCAGCCCUCUCCAAGCCGAUUGAGCUGUUCCAGCAGCUGCGCGCGCUGCGCCGCGACCUCUUCCGCGUGGAGAUUGCGUUUGGUGAGCGAUACUGCAACUCACACAUGACCGCGUACGGGUGGUGCCACGACGGCUCCAGCAACGAGGAGGAGCUGCACACGCUGCUGCAGCGCACGGUGAUGAUUCGGCGCGACAAGAAGGGCGUGCUGUCCUCGCUCCCGCCAAAAACACGGCAGACGGUCGUUGUUGACUGCUCGGCCAAGCACCGCCGCGAAAUCUCGCAGCUCAUGAAGAAACGCUUCCACAUGGACGCCGCUGCUGUCGCCGCUGGUCGUGGUGACGGCGAGAUGCACGGCGUCACGCUCAAGCUGUUCCAGGCCACGGGGCAGGCCAAGCUGGCCGCAUGCGUGACAUAUGUGCUGGAGCAGCUGGCGAAAGGGGUGAAGAUGCUGCUGUUUGCGCACCACCAGCCCGUGAUGGACGGGCUGAUGCAGGCGCUGUGCGAAAAGAGCAUCCGACACGUGCGCAUUGACGGGUCCACACCAUCGUCGCUACGUAAUGAGCUGGCCACCCGCUUUCAGACGGACGAGACGUGCCGCGUGGCCCUACUCAGCAUCACCGCCGCAGGCACGGGCCUCACGCUGCACGCUGCGACGCUGGUUGUGUUUGCAGAGCUGUUCUGGAACCCGGGGCAGCUGCUGCAGGCAGAGGACAGGGCGCACCGCGUGGGCCAGCAGUGCGCCGUGGACGUCAAGUACCUGAUUUGCCGCAACACGCUGGACGAGAGCAUGUGGGAGAAGGUGGAGCGCAAGAUGGCGGUGGUGGGCAGGGCGGUCAAGGGCGCAUCGGAGACCAUGGGAGCCGAACGCACGGACACGCGCAAAACCAAGAAGAAAAGCGGGAAGAAGAAGAACAAGAACAAGAACAAGAACAAAGGUGGCGAUGGUGACAGUGGUGGUGAUGAUGAUGAUGAUGAUGAUGAUGAUGAUGAUGAUGAUGAUGGUGAUAGUGGUGAUGAUGAUGAUGAUGGUAGGGGUGAGCAGAGGGAAGUUGGGCAGCGAGAUUUGCUGUCGUUCUUUGAGACAGAGGGAGGAAUGAGGCCAGCAAAAAGGGAGAAGAGGGACAAACAGGCAUUUCCAGCAGAGGGCACGGGCAAAGGGUCGAACCACGGGGCAGCAAGCCAAGGGAGCAAGAAGGCGGCUGUGGUGGUGACGCUGGAUAGUGAUGGCGACGACGACGAUUGCUUCUUAACCAACCCGGAAGUGGCCGUGGUCAAGAGGCCGCCGCUACCCCAAGAACAGGACCGGCAGCCAUCAGGCGCCACGACAACAGAAGACCCACACGCGCACAAGCGCAGCAAGGUCGACAAUGAUGAGGAGCAUGAUGAGGAUGAUGAUGAUGAUUAUUUGUCAGCCAUGCUGGCUGCGGUAGAGCAAGCAGAGGCAGGCCUCUCCUGA